UACGCAUUAAAAUAUACUUACAAACUAUAUACAAACCUUACUCUGACUUGCUGGUGCCGGUGCCUCACUAAACUACAAAUCCCAGGAUUCUAUCGGAUGGAGCCGUGACAGCUAAAGUGGUACAAAACUGCAUUAUUUCUACAGUGUAGAUGCCCAGGCGUUGGACUAUGGAUACCAGGUCCGGAUCCCCAUUUGGCAAUGGAAACCGACUCGGUGAUGACCCACUCUCUCAGCCUGAUUGGAAAAGCAAUGGCAAACUCCCUCUGAACAAAUCUUGCCAAGAAAACCCUAUGAUAGGUUUGCCUUAUGGUCGCCAUAAGACAGAAAUGCCUUGAAGGCACACAACAACACCAGCCUUAAAAGAUUCGCCCCAAGUUCCUUGGUGUCUCUUCCUUCCAGCAGCAAGCGAAAUCCUGGCUGCCAAAAGCCACCGGAGAAGGAAGAAAGUCCAUAUUACCUAUGAAUCUCCAGAAGGAAAUGGCAAAGAAAGCGCAAAAGCAACGGAGGCCAAGAAGCUGAGAUGGGAGCCCAAAAACUGGGAGCAACAUCUGGCCAAUAUCCGGGAAAUGAGGAAGGCAAGAGAUGCUCCGGUGGACCAGAUGGGAGCCGGGAAAUGCUAUGAUGCUGAUGCUGCUCCAGAGGUGAUGCGCUACCAGGUUCUGUUGUCGCUCAUGCUCUCCAGCCAAACCAAAGACCAGGUGACUUCGGCAGCCAUGAUGCGCCUGAGAGAACAUGGCCUCACAGUCAACAACAUCUUACAGACGGAUGACAUGGCUCUGGGUCAGCUCAUCUAUCCUGUGGGGUUUUGGAAGCGCAAGGUGAAAUACAUAAAGGAAACCACAGCCAUCCUGAAGCGGGACUACGCCAGUGACAUUCCCAAGACAGUUGCAGAGCUGGUAAAGCUGCCCGGCGUUGGGCCCAAGAUGGCUCAUUUGGUGAUGGACAUUGCCUGGAAGAACAUUUCUGGAAUCGGUGUGGACACCCAUGUGCAUCGGAUUUCCAACCGGCUGAGAUGGACCAAGAAAGAAACUACAAUUCCCGAGGAGACGAGACAAGCCCUGGAGGAAUGGCUGCCCCGGGAUGUCUGGAGUGAAAUAAACUGGCUGCUUGUUGGAUUUGGCCAGCAGAUCUGCUUGCCCAUAAGCCCACGUUGCAGUGAGUGCCUCAACAAGGACAUCUGCCCAGCUUCCAGAAAGUCCUGAGAUACAAAAGAUGAACUGACCACUUUACUGGUCUCUCACUGGUCCAGGAAAACAAGAUUCCUGUGAAGAUGAGACUUGAAGAUGGGUGACGCUGCAGAUGACCUGACUCUUUUUGGAAUAGGGGACUAAUGGAAGAAGGAUUUUGACUCUGAAAUGUUGUUGGGUUGUAGCCAUGGCUUAUUUCUGGACUCUGCUGCAUGCAUGGAUGGAAGGUCUCCAGCAGUGCAACCUUCUUAGAAGAAGGCCAUAGAGAUGUUUGCGGUAUGGAGUCCCAGACUGUCCUGAAGGCUUAAAAGUGGCACACCAUGUGGAAAGCUAUUUCAUAGUGUGCCAUUUUUAAUCCCAACACAAGUACUCCCCUUGAAAUUAAUGGAAGUUGUUACGGCUUAUGCAGUUGAUUUCAGUGGGUCUACUCUGGUUUGGGACUAGUUGGCUUUAGCUCUGUGUUUUUAAGGCCUAGGUCAAGGGAUAGCAUCACACAGCCCUGAAUGUGUUGUUGCGCUCCCCACCAUGGGGUUGAUGGGACUUGCAGUCCAACAGGAAGGGCAUGUAAUUUCCAUGGCUGGCCUAAACACAGUUAUUAGGUUGACAUAUACUAGAUGCGUUGAUUCAGUGGAGCUUAGCUAAGUGUUGACUUUCCAUCUUCCUAGUGAUUCAGUGGGUCUACUUUAGUUGUGGACCAACAGUUGGAUUUGGACCAAAAUAGGGGUAGUUAGAGAAGGCAAGAUGGCAUGAUAAAGUUAUAUGUUUCUCUAAGUUUGGGAUGUGCUGCAUAGACUCAGAACUGUGUAGGUCUAAAACUGAGGACUUGGUUGAGGGUUGAAAAUGAUCUGAUGAAAACAUGAGUUCAGUUUGCCUUUGGCUGGCAAAGAUACACGUUUUUGGGCAGCUGCUGGAGGACUCCCUGACAAUGAACCUGACCUGUUAUCAGGGAUUUCUGAAGGA